AUGAGGGCAUAUAAAUGUAAAAUAUUACAAAUAAAUGCUUAGUGGGCAUUCCUAUAAAGAGCAUUAGCUGUCAACAUUCAUAGUAUAAACUUAGCAAGAAGCAACAGCUAACAAAACAGCAAAAGAGAGUAGAAUCUUCAUCUUUUUUUUAAUAUAAAGAGAGCCACUAAUUUUCAUCAGAAAGUUCAUCAAAAAGCUGAGGAUUUGAUUAUUAUGAGAAUAUAAAACAAUUACCCUAAAACCUCAAUAAUAGCACCGAGCCGAAUUGCGAGAGUAACUUAAAAUCAUGAAAUAUAAAGAAACAAUGAAUUAAAAAAUAAAUUAUAAAUACAAUGA